AUCAAUAACAUAGCCGGCUCAAAGCAGGGACAACAACUAUGCUCAAUCGUUGCAUCGGCAUUUCUAUUUAACGAAGCAUAUCGACUUGCUGUCCUACCUUAACUCAUUCAACGGUAUAUUAUACAAGUAAUGUGGAAAAAUUUGUCCUACUUGCCAAAGUUAACAUUACUUUUGCGAGCUGUUUUUGCAUAAAAUUUCCAUGGAAACCGGAAAUCUUUGUUUAUUUUGCAACAAACGUAUGUUACAGAAUGUAGAGGAAUUUUUGUGAAAUAUCGAAUUAAACAAAAUGGUGGUAACAAAAACAGCUUCAAGUGUGAAGGUGGCAGCCGGUGGUGGUGCUACUAACAAUGGCAACAGCAACGGUGCGGCCCGACGCACUCCAACCGCUGAGCCAUCUGACGGCGCACGCCCACCACAAACGACUAAAGAUAAGUCGGGCGUCUCGGCGGGCAAGGAGAAGCCAGCAUUGCUUACCAGCAAAUGUAUACUGAGGACCAUCACCGCAUUUCUGGCGAGCAACAAACGCAACUCCUACAAUGCACAAAUGCGCGCCAAACAGACGAAUAGACGACGUCGCCAGCGCAAGAUGGACGAGUUGAGCGGCAAAAUUAAUCCGAAAUUGUUGGAGAAUUUGCGCAAAAAGACAAAGUUCACCAAAGAUGAAGUCGAUGCUUUGUGCCGAAUUUAUCGCAAACUCAUAUCGAAUUGUCAAUAUUCGGCAAAAGCAUUAGCCACCGGCAGUUCGACUGCGGCAAUAGCAAAACCACAUGCAACAGCGGAGGGCAUUGAUCGCAUUGUGUUCCGCGAACUGCUGCACAGCACAUUCGAUAUUGUAACAGAAGAAAUUCUCAUGGAGCGCAUAUUUUGUUGUUGGGAUCGCGCACACGAGGGCAUGCCAUUGCGUUUGGAGGGUUGGUUGACCGGCCUGUCCAUAUUCCUACGUGGCUCAUUAGCCGAGCGCGCAAACUUUUGCUUUCGCGUCUACGAUUUGAAUAGUGAUGGGUUCAUCACGAAGGACGAGAUGUUUACACUAUUGCGUAAUUGUCUUAUCAAACAACCACAGGAUGAAGAUCCCGAUGAGGGUGUUAAGGAUUUGGUAGAGAUUGUGUUGAAAAAAUUCGACUUGGACAAGGAUGGCAAGGUGUCAAUCGAGGAUUUUAUGGGCACUAUUGAAACUGAACCCUUGCUGUUGCAAGCAUUUGGACAAUGCUUACCUUCUGAGACGGCCACUGUUUCAUUCUUUUCAACAUUACAAAUAUAAUAUACGUAAAUUUGCAGUUCUGCUAUUCAAAUAUAUUAAAACAGCUAGAAAUUAAUGAAUAAAUUGACAAGAAAAAAAUA